ACGUCAGAACCCAGCCUACUGGUGCUGAGGCUGACGGAGAGGCGGAGGAGGAUGACGACGAUGGCGCUGAUACAGGAGCAACGCUGAGUUCGCUCUUCCUCCUUUAUCUUCCCCCUUUUUUUACCCUCGUCUAUACACUUUUCAUUAGAAUUCAAAGCGCAUCAUAGAGACAGUCGGGACCGAUAGGACGCGCUAGCACUCGUGUCUCCUGAGCCGAGAUCGGGAUGGGGAACGAGGCGAGCAUGGAGGGCGGCGGGCAGCCCGGAGAGGCCGGGAUGAUGGCUUCCGUGAUGCCCGACAGAUCCGCGACCGCCGGGCCGGCUGGACCGCACGUGAAGCCCGUCAACGGCUCGGCUGCCGGCGGAGGGAUGGGUGUCGGAGGCCCCGGAAUGGGAAUGACGAGGGGACCAAUGGGUCAAAGGGGCAGCCCCACGCCUGGCAUGCAACAGGGAGUUCACAGUGGAGGAGGGAUGGCAGGAAUGGGAGGCAUGGGGAGUGGGAUGAGUACGGGAACGGGAGGUGGAAUAGGAAGAGGAAUGGCUACCGGAGGCGGAAUUGGCUCUCGAAGUGGCGAGCCCUACCGCCUGGCCACCCACGAGACUCCGACCUCACCCCGUCAAAUGCAGUCAGGGCAGGGUCAGGCGGCCAGUCACGGAAUGAGUCAUAGUCCAGCUGCCGGCGGCAUGGGAGUCCACGCAGGACAGAGUCCCGGCCAGCACGCCUCCCGUCGAAACCUCCAAGUCGACUUUAACAGUUCGGGCAGCUCCAGGACGGGUCGAUCUCCUUCGGUGUCGCCGGACCGCGGCAUGACACCCACCUCGCCCUACUCGGUGCCACAGAUUGCUCCCAUGCCAAAGAGCAAACUUUGUCCGGUGUGCACCACUACGGAGCUCUCCAACCCUCCAGCUGUGCCCAACUACAACACUUGCACGCAGUGUAAGUCCACUGUGUGCAAUCAGUGUGGAUUCAACCCCAACCCGCACCUCACUGAGGUCCAGGAAUGGCUUUGUCUCAACUGCCAGAUGCAAAGGGCUCUUGGCAUUGAUAUGACCACGCCUCGGUCAAAGAGUCAACAACAGAUCCAUUCACCUUCCCACCAAGCGAAACCUCUGGUCCAGCCUCAGCAGGCUGCCCCUCAGCCAACACAGCCGGCAAAUGCAGUACAGUCUAAACCUCUGGCGCAGAGCCAUCCCACUCAGCAACAGCAGCCGCAACUACCGCAGACUCAACUUUAUGGACAGACUUUGCCCUACCCCCAAACACAGCCAUAUUCCCAAUCCCAAGCAUACUCUGAGUCACAGCCAUAUUCUCAAUCCCAGACAUACCCACUGUCGCAGCAAUAUCCCCAAACCCAGCAUUAUCCACAGGCCCAGGAGCAUCCACAGUCCCAACAAUAUCCCCAGUCUCAACAGUAUCCCCAGUCCCAACAGCAGCUGCAGUCAGGGCAGUACCCCCAGACCCAGCAAUAUCCCCAGACCCAGCAGUAUCCCCAGUCUCAACAGUAUCCCCAGCCUCAACAAUACCCUCAUUCUCAGCAGGAUCCUCACUCUCAGCAAUAUCCUCAGUCUCAACAGUAUCCCCAGGAUCAGCAGCAGUCUUACCCACAGUCUCAAUCUGGACCCCAGGUUCAGCAACAACCAUACCCGCCAUCCCAGUUUGGACCCCAGGUUCAACAACAGCAGCAGCAGCAACAGCAACCACAGCAGCAGCAACCGCAGCAACCGCAGCAACAGCAACCUUAUCCACAUUCUCAGUCUGGACCCCCAAACCAACAAUAUCCCCAGACUCAGCAGUAUCCCCAGGCUCCACAACAGCCUUAUUCACAUUCCCAGUUAGGGCCCCAGGCACCACAGCCUCAUAAUUCCCAAGGGUUACACAGUCACGCACCUUUGAGUGGUCCCCAGAGCCAGACAGGUCCCUCCCAUGAAAGUAUGAGGUCUGACGCAUAUUCCCAGAGAGGUCCAAGAACUGGUGGAGGUCCUACAGGAGGCCCGAACCAACCCGGCGGUCCAAGGAUCCCCCACCCUGGUGCUGUCCCCCUCCCUGGUUUGACAAAAGCACCCUCCCAACCCGACUUAGGUCGUGGCUCUCCUAUGCACCAGAAUAUGGCUCGACACCACGACCACACCAGAAGUGCCGGCUCUUCUCCAGCUCACAAGCCCCAGAGUCAGGCCCAUCCUCCAGCCCAGGAUGGACUGACCAAGCUGUUUGGCUUCGGAGCGUCCUUGCUCAACCAGGCGAGUACCUUGAUCAACGUAGACCCUUUGACCACCUCUUCCGCUCAUCCUAGUCCAGCAAAAGGCAAAGUGGUAUUCAGUAAUGCCACCCCUGACAACAAGCAGCCACAAACUGGGGCCUCAGGUGCCAAACCAUUCGGCAUGGGAGUUUCUCAUGGUCCGACUCCAGUAGCCGGUCCUCAUGCACCGGGCCAAAUGGGUGUCCCCCAGGCACCAAACCAAAUGGGUGGCUCUCAUGCACCGAAACAAAUGGGUGGCCCUCAUGCACAAAAUCAAAUGGGCGGCUCUCACACACUUAACCAAACGGGCACUACUCCUACAACAGGCCAAAUGGGAGUUCCGCAUACUUCGAGCCAGUUGGUAGGACCCAACGUGCCAAAGCAACAGCAGCAAACUAUACCGCACCAACAAGGAAUGCCACACCAGCAGUUGCCCUCCCUUCAACAAAAAGAUCCACAGCAAGCCGAGGGGCAGCAACACCAAAAAAUGGCAUCGCAUGUGCAAAAGUUGGAGACGAAACAGGAGCCCGCGACUGUUCCCGCCGCAGCUCCGGAACCAAUUAAGCAGAAAGUGAACUGUCCUCUGUGUAAAACAGAGCUAAACAUCGACAGCUCUGACCCACCCAACUACAAUUCCUGUACGCAGUGCCACACUCAAGUCUGCAACCUGUGCGGCUUCAACCCUACGCCACAUUUAGUUGAGAAAAAAGAAUGGCUAUGUCUCAACUGCCAAACCCAGCGCCUGAUGUCUGGUGGAGGUCUCGAUGAGCCUCCUCUUCCUGUUCCCCACCCGUCUCCCAAACAUCAGCCCUCUGGAUUACCGCGCCACCAGACAGCCAAUCAACAAAGCCCUCUCCAUAAAGCCACCAAUCAGCAGGGGUCCAAACCAGCCCAGUCACAGAAAUCACAGCCUGAACAAUUUGGGCCGAACGCUACCAAACUGCCAAAUGACUCCAAUAACACCGUAACAGCUACUGGACCAACAGGCGAAACCCAGAAGAAGACGAAAACCACGGAUGAGCCGGAAAGCCAAACUGCCAAAAUCAGCAAAACUACUCCGAAGAAAGGAGAACAAGUCACACCGAUCAAGGAAAUCAAGAAAUCAAGGCAUUACGAUGAAACGAAAAACAACAGCACGCAUGACUUGUCACGCAGCCCUCAAAGCCUCAGCGAUACUGGUUACUCCUCCGACGGCAUCUCCAGCUCCCACAGCGAAAUCACAGGACUAAUUCAGGAGGAGGAGAUGAAAUUAAGUGAGCGGGGUAUCAUUGGACAGGGCUCGCCACCGAGUCCUUCAGAAAUCACUAAACUGGAAAGCUCCAUGAGACCUUUGCUGGAAAAGAAUCUUUCCGAAGACAAGGUAGACAGAAGGGGAAGGAAGCACAGGGACAGAGACACCGAUGAACGAGGGAAACAGCGCCCGCGUUCUUUGUCAAUCCCGCCAGAUGCAUAUGACUCGGAUGAGGAACUUGAAGACAUCAUGGAAGAAGCGGAAGACGGAGGAGACUGGGACGAUAAACGGAAAGAUGCAAAGGAGGAAAAGAAGAAAAAGAAGGAAACGGAGCCCACAGAGAUGACCGAUGAGGAGUUCAUGAGGCGACAGAUAAUGGAGAUGAGCGCAGAUGAGGAAAAUGAUGAGGAAGACAUGGACGAGGACGAAGAAGAUGAGGGAUAUGGCUACGAGCGAAAGAAAAGCCACCAUAAGCACAUCCUCUCCGACACAGCAAAGGAGAAACGUCGCUUACAGCAUCACUCUAGCAGUUUUGAAGAGGAAACUAAAAGCUCCACAGAUGUUUACAAAAGCUCAGUAGAAGAGGGUGAAGAAGAUCUUAUGGCGUCACAAGGUGGUCUGAGGCGCUUUAAAACCAUUGAACUCAAUAACACCAAUAGCUACAGCCGAGAAAUUGAGCUCAGCAACGAAAAUGAUCUGAGCCUCGAUCGAGAGCCAGAACUGGAGAUGGAAAGUCUGACCGGAUCUCCCGAGGAGCGCUCUCGAGGCGACUACUCUUCCACUCUUCCACCAACUUCCGCAUCGUCUUAUGGCUCAGGCCAAUCUCCGACGUCCAUCUCAUCAAUGGAAGAAGACAGCGACAGCAGCCCCAGCAGGAGACAAAGAUUGGAAGAAGCCAAGCAACAGAGGAAAGCACGGCAUCGCUCUCAUGGCCCUCUCCUUCCAACCAUUGAGGACUCUUCAGAAGAAGAUGAACUGAGAGAGGAAGAGGAACUUCUGAGAGAGCAGGAGAAAAUGAGAGAAGUUGAACAACAAAGAAUCAGAAGCACAGCACGCAAAACCAAGAGAGAUAAAGAGGAGCUGAGGGCUCAAAGACGAAGAGAAAGGUCCAAAACACCACCCAGUAAUCUUUCACCCAUUGAAGAUGCUUCUCCAACAGAGGAGCUCAGGCAAGCUGCCGAAAUGGAAGAACUUCAUCGGUCCUCCGCCUCUGAAUACUCCCCUCAUAGCCUGGAUUCCGAAGCUGAAGGCUACGAAUCCAAACUUUACAAGUCAGGCAGUGAAUACAACCUCCCUACCUUCAUGUCCCUCUAUUCACCGAUAGAGAAAUCCUUGACCACAACUACGAUAGCACCGUCAUCCACUUCCAAGCCGUUAAAGAGCGCUGAGGAGGUUUAUGAAGAGAUGAUGAGGAAAGCAGAAAUGCUUCAAAAGAAACAGAAACAGGAGCAGCAGCAUUCUCCGGUAAAACACGGUCAGUACUACGAAGAAGACAUUAAUGGACAAAGUUACGACGACGAGUAUGAGUACGAACAAGAUCAAACAGAAUACGACAAUGAUGCAGUUGAGAUGGAAACUGAUAUUUAUGAGGAGAUUCGACAAACAUCUCAGAACAUCACAAAGAUGCAGCAGGCCACUGAUGAGCAAGUAGAUAUUGACAUCGCCUACCCAGAAAAACAAUUUCUCGACACAGGCUCUGCAUUCGCAAAACUACUGGAGCAAAGCAACGCCCUUUUGACUCCAGGAACCAGCCCCACCCAGAUCUCCGCUCCCGUCUCUUUUGCCGAAACAGGAGGACGCAUCCCUGACGUCAAAGUAACUCAACACUUUGCCUCAAAGGACAGACACAAAUUAAAAACCCAAGCUGGGAAAAAUGGAAUAACACCUACGGUAGCUGCCACUACAAUUGCGGCUUAUGGAGUUUAUGCUAGAGAUGCUGUUACCAUUUCUCAAACGAGUACGAGCAACACUAUGACAUCUACCCAGUCUUCCAUCUACAGCAGACAUACGAUCAGUCCUGCCACAUCUUCAGCCACAGUCUCAAGUGUAUGCAGCAAAAUUGCAGAGAUUACCCAAGCCUAUAGUCAAAGAGAGGUCAUUACCAGAAGGGUAGGGGACACUCGAGGUGUCCAGGCUCGAGACAGCCCAACAUCUGCAAGUGAAAGAAUAAGUGAACCACGCUCUCCUAAGUACACAACUUAUUACAGGAGCACCAGCCCUCCACUUUCUCCAUCCCCACCACCACAAAGUCCAACCCGCUCACCCUCUCGGAGGGCUACAGCCGAGUUCUCCACUCAGACUUUCAAUUCAGCACUACGAAUGGACUCGGGAGGUUCUGGGCCUACAUCUCCGGUGAUGGCCCAGGGGACCCAAACUUCACAUCGAUCCGUCUCCCCGCGAUUGUACCGGCAGCAGUCGUCCCGUGACGUGCCAUACUCUCCGCCUGCCAGUCCAGCUCGUCCAACGACUGUCAACACAGCUACAUCUCCUCUGUCUUCACCCACAAGAUUUAGCCGUCAGUCUACAUUUGAUUCCUACUCACCAUGCGGUAGCCCUCCAGAUACACCACCUUAUCAACAUUCACCUACACGCAGCUUCUACAGAACGCAACGAAUAGAAAAGGUCAAUGUUGGGACAAGUAUGGUUACCACCGGAAGUACUUAUACAAGAGGAUCUGUUUCUAUGGAUAACAUCUCACUCUGUCGUAUAUCUACAGUCCCGGGUACUUCCAGGGUAGAGCAGGGUCACAGGAUCCAAAGUGGAAGUGUUGUGGACCUCAGAACAGCUGCUCCAAUCAUCAUGACUGAUCAAGGAAUGGAUCUAACGUCCUUAGCCACUGAAAGCAGAAAAUAUCAUGGGGGAACAGAGGGGAGCAGACAUUCGACAAUUGUACAGCCUCUGAUUAUGAACCUAAAUGCCCAGGAAACCAUCACACCAACCACUGUGAGCGUAACUGUGGCGGCUUCUAUGUUUAUGACCCAGCCGAAACAACCAGUAGUCUAUGGCGAUCCUUAUGACAAUAGAGUGGACCUAGGUCAGGGCAUGGGUUCAGCUGUGUGUUUUUCCCAAACCAAACCCCCUCUAUCACCCCCGACAGACCCAUCAAUACCAAAAAUUGAUGCGAAACUCGAAAAUCUCAGUAUUCAACAGAAAGAACUACAAAAACAACAAGAGAAGUUGCAGAUGCAGCAAGCAAUUCUCGAGCAGCAGUUGCAGCAGCACCAUCAUAUGCAACAACAACAGCAACAAGCAAGUGCAUUAGCAAGGUAUAACCUUUCUGGCCAUGUCUCACCCAUGUUGAAAAAGGACUUGCUUGUUACUCAGACAAGCACAGCCUCUGCUGGUAUGAGUGCUGUAUCGUCAGUCAUCAACCCUGAGCUGUAUGGCACUGGGCCCGUUGAGCUGAAAGGAAAGCACAGUCCUCCCGGUGGAAUGACAGGAGGGAAUCCACCACAUAGCAUGGUUGUCCAGAUGGAUGGCGGACAAGAACAGGUCAGGGCAGUGACACAGCUUGUGAAAGUAGAAGAAGGACAAGAUGCGGCAGAUCUGACAGGAGGCCACAUUAAACCUGACAACCAACCGGCUUGCUGUGAUGUUGUUUAUCGAUUACCCUUUGGUGGAAGCUGCGUUGGGGCUUCUGAGAAAGAGGGCAUACGGCCUCCUUCCGCUCCGCCUCUUUCCUAUGAUUCUGAUCAGGAGAGACAACCUGGAAGGUACCGUGAAUAUCCAAUGGAUGGACAGAAGUCCUAUACAUUGCCUUAUCCUGGUAGGCUUCAACCUUCAAUGUCUGAUACGAACCUGGCUGAAGCAGGGCUACAGUCCUACCAUAUUAAACUAGACCCACAUCUUCAAGCCCAAGGAGAACUAGCAAUGGAUUUAAGCACUCUAAAACAUGGCUACGGGGGAUAUGUUGGGAUGCAAUAUGGGUCAUAUACAGAUUUGCGUCAUGGCGGAGAACUCCCCACCCCAACAUUGCCUAUACGGAGAUACAAUUCCUUGUCGAACAUAAAUUCAGACUACGGCUACUCAGCUCGUGACAUUGCCAAUUUCCAGGAAGCUAAUCUAGCUCAAUACAGUGCCACAACUGCUAGAGAGAUCAGCAGAAUGUGUGCUGCCCUCAAUUCUAUGGAUCGCUACGGAAGCAACCCAGACCUGAUGCAGUUUGGGAGCCUGGGGAGAGGAACAAGCCCACCAACCUCAAGGCUAACAGCAGGUCUUGGCUUGAGACAAAGUCUACUCUUUGGGUUAGACGGGAAACCGUUAACCCACAACCAGGCACUUACAAAUCUUAUUAGUGCCAGACAGGCCAGUCUUAGAGCCAUGUACCCUGCAGCCAUUCGCGCCACAGACGGCAUGAUCUACUCCACCAUUCAGACACCCAUUGCCUCUACCCUACCUAUUACAACUCAGCCUGCUUCAGUCCUUCAACCGCUACUGAGAGGGGUUUACAGGCCUUACCCAUCUCCCAACAUGACGCCUGUGCCCCUUUCUAGUCUUACACGAUUACCUAUGAACCCCCGGAUGUCUUUAUCUCGCUACCCUGGACCAGGUCUUCUCCAAACAACAUCAACCUCUGCCUCUGUUGCUGGUACGAUAACAACUUCAGCACCAACGAGUGCCCCAGUUUCUGUGCCCUCUACAUCUGCCCCUUCCACAAUCCAAGAUGAACCCGUUUAUCUUGGUAAGGGAGCUGUUGUAAUCUCAACAUCUGUAGAGGCCGCAAAAACUGAGCAGCAGCAUCAACCACUGAACAUGUCACAAGCGCACCUGAACAGUCAACAAUUGACACAAGCAACAACUGCUCAAUGUUACGCUUCAGCAGGCCAUUCAGAUUCCACAAGUACUUUAGCAGCAGCAGGGGGUCUACCUCAGUUCCCCCCGCCUGGUGCUGUACACAAAGAGGGUGAGACUGAGGCAGAACGGCUGCAUCGUCAGCAGGAACAGCUUUUGCAGAUGGAGAGAGAGCGCGUCGAACUUGAGAAACUCCGACAACUGCGCCUACAGGAGGAGCUGGAACGAGAAAGGAUUGAACUGAAGCUGCACAGAGAGAAGGAGCACAUACUGGUGAAGAGAGAGUUACAGGAGCUGCAAAACAUCAAGGAACAGGUUCUACAACAGCAGCAACAGGAACGGGAGAAACAACUUGUUGUCCAGAGGGAACAGCUAGCCCAACAGAAAUCUCAGCUCGACCAGAUCCAGUCCUUACAGCAACAGCUCCAGCAGCAACUUGUAGAGCAAAAGCGGCAGAAAACAGCUGCUGCAGUCCAGAACGUUCAGAUGGAUGCGACUGGACAGCCUCUUCAUCCUUAUACUGACCAUCAAAUUGGAUCCCGCUCCCUCCCCAACUCCUCCUCAGAGAUGUGUCUGAGAAGCCACGAUGAGCAUGUUGAGAACCAGAGCAACAUGAGGAAACACAGUUCCAUGACCAGGCUAAGCAGAGACACUUUGGAUGGAGAAGGCACGGUCUUUCAUGUCUCGCCUCGCAGGAACGUAGACAGUUGUGUGCAGACGGAUGAUGAAGAUGGAGAAGAAAGGUACAUGAUGCGUCACCGAACCAGACGCCGCGGUCGCAGCGUAGACUGCUCCGUUCAGACUGACGACGACGAGGACAAGGCUGAAACCGGGCAGCCGGUCCGUCGAAGACGCUCUCGUUACUCUCGACAUUCCGAAUCCAGUGCAGCUAGCGGCGGAACCUCCGCAAGCACCACUGCCACUGACGCCAAACCCAACGCUUCCAAGAUGGUAUCAUCCAGUAUCGCCAUCCAAACCAUGAGAGAAAUGUCCUGCCAAACCGAAGUGGAGCACCUCGGAAGAGUUUCGCCUGCGAUCCACGUGACAGUACCGGACCCGAAUAAAGUUGAGAUCGUGCACUACAUCUCAGGACCCGAAAGGACAAAAAAGGGACAGUCGUUAGCGUGCCAGACUGACCCAGAAGCCCAGUCGCAAGGGGUUGUUGCUCCCCAGCUCAGCAUACCUACGACAGUCAGCCCAUAUUCUUCCUCCACCAGUAGUGGUACCCAACCAUCCGGCGUGGCUGAGGUUGCCACGCAGCAGCGCCAGCAGCACGUCACAGCAAACGCAGCCAAGUUCGAGCGCCGACGUCCCGACCCUCUCGAUAUGAACUGCCAACCACACAACCACCUUCACAAUGAGUCCAUCUCCAAUAUCAUCCGGCAGCAGCAAACUGUUCUCUACUCACCUGUCUCUCCGGUGUCCCCUCACCGGCUGUUGGAGAAUUCUCUAUCGAGUGAGAGGCUGAAUAAGGCCCAUGUCACACCUCAGCAGAAGGCAUACACUGCAGAGUCCCCCCAGCGACAUCCUUCCAUGCCAAGACCAAUAAAAAGCACCCAAAGAUCGAUGUCAGAUCCCAAGUCCCUUAGUCCCACAGCGGAUGAGCACACGAAGGCUAGGCUGUCCCUGUAUCAACAACAAGCACUCCAGAACCAGCUGGCAGCCCUUCAUCAGAGUUCACUGCUACGUAAGGUCAAGAGAACCCUGCCCAGCCCUCCUCCGGAAGAGACGACGACAUCGGUUCAUCUGCCCAUGAUGACGCCCACCCUUCAACAGGUCUACUUGCCAUCCGUGCCCAGCCUCAAGCCCAGCUCCAGGUCCGGCCUUGCUGCCAAAGCCAGCCUUCUCAAAGACCUCACCCACGAGCUAAAGGCGGUGGAGCAAGAAUCCACCAAGCUGAGAAAGCAGCAAGCUGAACUGGAGGAGGAGGAGAAGGAGAUUGACGCGAAGCUGAGAUACCUGGAGCUUGGCAUCCACCAAAGGAAAGAGACACUAGUCAAGGAGAGAGAGAGGAGGGAUAUCGCUUAUCUGAGGUGUAUGGGUGACGCUCGGGACUAUAUGUCUGAUAGCGAGUUGAACAAUUUACGAUUGGCAGCUGCGGCCGCGUCACAUGAAACCAACGGACUGUUGACGACAAGACCAAGUACGGCUCCUCUCAGCCAAUUCAGUAACGAUCUGAACACCGCAGCUCAGUACACACCCACGUCAUCGUUCCACUCGCAAUACCCGCAAAGCCAAUCGGCACCAGGUCAAUCAAGUUUACCGUACCAGUCAUCAACAUUCAACCAAGCUCCUUAUCCAACAGCAUCUCAAUCCCAGGCUUUACCUCAGCCAACCCCCCUCCAGAGUCACGUUCACCCUUCAGGAACAUCCUACCAAUCUCAAGCCUCAUACUCUUCCCACACCUACCCUCAAACUCAACCCCCGUAUCCCCAAACAGAAAUUGGGUUGCCAAGCGCACCGCAACCUCAGCCCCAGUCAGGGCACACGGGAUUUGGGCCCGCACCACCUGGUCAGCCCCCAUACCCCACCCACAGCUCACCAUAUCCCAGUGCUGUGUCCUCUUACCCCAGCCAAAGCUCCCCGUACCCUGGGCAACCUCAUACAGAUAUUUUGACCAUACACCAAGGAAGGCCCAGACACACAUCGCUGGCUGAUCUGGAGCACAAGAUGCCCACCAAUUACGAGACAAUCAGUAAUCCUACAGUCGUGGUUACCACCACGGCGCAAGACAGUACCUAUUCCAGUUCAGCUGCCUCAUUUGGUCAAUACGCAGGAACGACGACAAUGGCAAACUACGGACCCUAUGGUUCGGCGACGGUGUCUAGUAGUUACGGUGGGUUAUCCGCCAUUCCACCCACUACAUACGGACAGUAUACAUCAACAACAGUUAGUUCGUACGGCCAGUGCACCACCACAACUGCUAAUGCAUAUGGCUACACGGCAUCAACAGCCGGCUCAUAUGGACAGUACACGUCAACAGUUUCUAAUGCCUACGGACACGGUGUUGACAGCCCCUCCACCUACAGUACACCUGAUGGCAUGUACGGGGCACCUGGUUUAGAACAAAAUGUCCCGAGGAACUACAUGAUGAUAGACGACGUGAGCGAGCUGACGGCAAAAAACGGGCUGGGCACGACGACGGGUGACAUGAUGCAUCACAGCGGCAGCGGGCGUUACCCAGGCGACACCCACGGUCACACCGGAACCAUUGGCAGCACCCCGCGUGUGGGACCUGGCAGCUCCAUGUACGGCAGGGCGCCCGAGGAGGAAGCGGCAAUUCAGGAAGAAUUGUACGACCACCAUGGCAGGGGUAAGAGCAGCUACAGACACGGACCACUAGGGGGCAGCGGCAGCGUGAGCACUAGUUUGGGUGGGGGAUCCUCCUAUUACUAUGACAAUGACUACAGUCACGGCAGCUUCCGAUCCGGCGUGCAGAAAUCGUCGUCCCCUAGAAGCCUUUUGGCUCCUGCGGUCAUGUCCAACAAACGCAGCAAGCACAGGAAACUGGGCAGUAUGGAGCAGAAAAUCUCCAAAUUCUCUCCCAUUGAGGAGGCUCGCGACGUAGAGGCGGACCUGGCCUCCUAUUCUCCCGCAGUCGCCGGAGGUUACCCGUCCUCCCACAUCCGGGGACGUCAGCUGAUAGAGGACUACGGCUUCAAGAGGAGUACUUACGACGCCGGCAGCGGCAUCGCCAGCGGUAGUCGAUACUUUGGCUCGAUGGGAGAGGAGGACGAUCGGAUUUACUACACUUCCACCGGCCGUUCACGCUCCACCGGAUACGGGAUGGACAAGAUCACAGCCAGAGACUACUCCGGGUACCGCAGCAGAUCCUACGAGAGGGACGAUCGCCCUCACCGAUCCGGCUAUAGCCGGGGGCGCCACCCAAGCAGACAGUACUCUGAAGAGGAGAGCCCACUCAGUCCCCUGAGGAGAUUCAUGGGCUCCGGGCGAUCGUCCAGUUUAGGUCCCGACCCGUACGACGGUCGCAGCGGUCGAUACCAUUACUAUUACGGCCAAUACGGUUCCAGUCACUCUCUGCCAGAUGUGCAAGACCACAUUCGGGACCUACCCCGGACCCAUGUCUACAAGUCGGACGAUACGUACAUAAUAGACGAUUAUCAUUGUGCUGUGUCUGACAGUGAAGCCUGCAUGCCGCUGUCUCCGAACGACAUGGAGAUUGACUGUGAUCUGCUUUCGGUUUCCAAAGCCUACCAUCUCGGCCAGGAAGAGACGGACUGGUUUGAAAAACCGCGUUCCAGUUCCCGGCAUUACGGCGGGAGUCACUCGUCCGGAAGGAGUCGCCACGGUGUCAAACACACCUACCACGAUUACGACGAGCCUCCCGAAGAGGACCUUUGGCCUCACGACGAAUACGGCCACGGAGGACGACACUCUUCAUCCGCCCGCGACCACCGGCAUCACGGCAGCUCGAGUCGGCACUCGUCGUCAUCGCGUCAUUCGGAUGAACCGAGAUCCUCGAGGUCGUCCAAGGGACACCCGAAAGACCCGUCUAUGCGGCACGACCCUUCGGGGCGGUCUUCGUCAUCGGGAAGACGCGGCGAUUCCAGAUCCGGGGUCUACCACUCAUCGGACUAUUCUCGGGAUCCAUCCGGCCACCAUCAUAGUCAGAGAUCCUCGAGGCAAGGGGAUCCGCAUCGCUCAUCACGCAGCAAAUCUCAGCAACAAGUCGACAUGCAGGGCCAGCCGACAGGUACCUCUAGAUCCGGCUCUUCUUCAAGGGGACAGGGCCCUGCUGGUGGUCCUACAGGAUCCGGACGACAAGUUGGUCAAGUUUCCCAGAAUGACGUAGCCGCAGGACAGAGGACGCAACUCCAACAGCAGGCCCAGACUUCAACGGCAAGGCCGGGAGGGCAAGGGCCCCCAAUUACAACCGGUGCGCAGCAACUGCCCCCAGCCCAGGGACAAAGCAUGGGGGUGGGGCCAGGCCAGACCAAACCGGGGCAAAUGGGAGUCGCUGGUGGACCUAUGGGUCAGGCGAGACAGACGGGUCCAACAGGAACGACACCAACCCCUAUGCAGGCUAAGAUUGAAACACCUCCAGUGACAGCCAUCGGAGCAAAAGCAGCACCUGUCAUGGCCUCAAAAGGCGCUCAACCACCACUCACAGGAAUAGGCUCCAAAGCCGCUCCGAGGCCGGGCGGCAUAGGCAGCGCGGCCGCGGGUCAGCCAGGCAUGGAGGGUGACAGCAUGUUGUCCAAGAUCUUACCGGGAGGAGCUGCCGAGCAGGCUGGAAAACUGGGGGAAGCUAUAUCCGGCUUUGGCAAGAAGUUCACCUCCUUCUUCUAAAGUGCUAUGUUUAAGGUCCAAUCUUAGAUCCAAAAGUCCGCCUUGACUUCAAACCAUCUUGGAGACAAAACAGUGGCUGGAGAAACAGAAGAAUAAAAGCAAUGGGGAUCAGGUAGCACCAGUCAAACAUCUGGAUCUGACUCAUCACCUCUUCCUCUCCAAAAGAGGGCGAUAUGGAAUAUUUGCAGUGCAGGUUUUUCUGAUAUCAACCACCAUUUUCUUUCAUCACCCGUCCAUUUCAAGGAAACGACGUCUAUUUUCCCACCAUUUGUCCACUUUCUACGGACUUCCCAGAAUGCGACUCCUGUUUUCUAAUUCCCAUUCCAAAUGUCGAGCGGAGAGGAGGAGGAUUCGAAACGCGGAGAACUUCAAAUCCAAGACCUUUACACUGUUCAACAUCACUGAGAAAAGGCUGGACGUUGCUAGACUACGCAAACAGGAACGGGAUGGAAAUCGGUGAAAUUCAAUAGGUUUUCCGAGUCAAGCAGCCAUAAUGAUAUUUUUUUGUCAAUACUUGAGGUGAUUAUUUUUUGGUCCUCCAUGUGUGAGUUUUUAUUUUUGUUCAGUUGCCAGCACAGCCUUAAUUAUUUAUUUUCAGGUGAAAUUUUCAAUUUCUUCAUGUACAUCUAUCCGCUUACUGUGAGUUUUAUUUAUAUUUUUUUAAUCAUGUUUGUGUCACUUCCAUUUGUUUCGUUUUGGGAGCUGAGAAAGCCAAGAGCACAACGGCAAAAAAAUAGAAAUGUGUUUCCUUCGUUUGUCUAACUUCCGAAAAUGUGACGCUCGCCAAUUAGCUUGUGCGACAUGGUUUGGGUUAGGUUUUGUCGAGUUUGUGGCCAAGUGUGUCUUGUCCUUGUGAAGGCCUAUUGAUUUUAACUGCUCCUUGUGUGUCGACCAAUCCAAUACCUCUCGUGGUCACCCAUCUGUUCCUCAACCCCCCGUGAAAGUGGAAAACUGCGAAGUAGGAUUUGCCUCCAUAACUCCUUAAAAUAAUUGACGUAAACAGUAUUUGUUUACAUGUGAUACAAGCGGCUGAAAUGAGUUUCCUCCGCUGGGUGUCCGGGGUAUACCUUAGAGAUAGGGUGAGAAGCUCGGUCAUCCGGGAGGUACUUGGCGUCAAGCCACUACUCCUCUGCGUUGAGAGGAACCAGCUGAAGUGGCUCGGGCAUCUUGUUCAGAUGCCUCCUGGCACCUCCCUGGAGAGGUGCAUGUCCCACCGGCGGGAGACCCCAGGGACGACCCAGGACACGCUGGAGAGACUGUGUCUCUCGAAUGGCCUGGGAACACCUUGGGAUCCUGCCAGAGGACCUGGUUGAAGUGGCUGGGGAGAGGGAAGUCUUGGCUUCCCUGUUAAAGCUGCUGCUGCCCCCACAACCCGUCCCCGGAGCAAACGGAAGAUGGAUGGAUGGAUGGAUGGAUGGAUGGAUGGAUGGAUGGAUGGAUGGAUGGAUGGAUGGGCAGGCUCUGGAAAAAAAAACAGUCAAAUAUAACAUGGGACAAAUGUAAUGACUGUAGUUUUGCCAAAAGUAGAGGAGUAAGAGUAGCACUUCCUCUUCCCCCGGGGACGACUCAGGACACACUGGAGAGACUAUGUCCCUCUGAUGGCCUGGGAACGCCUUGGGAUCCUGCCAGAGGACCUAGUUGUAGUGGCUGGGGAGAGGGAAGUCUUGGCUUCCCUGUUAAAGCUGCUGCACCCACGACCCGACCCCAGACAAACCGGAAGAUGAUGGUGUUUGCAUAUUGUGUACUUCCUUGCUCGUCCAUUAAGGUUGAUGAUGACCAUGGCUCAUCUCAGUUUGUUGACUGUUGUUGAGUACACAGAUGACUGUAAAACCAACCUGAGCACGGAAUUCUCUGUGGCACAGAGAGGGUACAGUUUUUCUCUUGGCCUUGUCCUGCUGUCUCUUCAGAAUGGCACGAGAUCUUCUGUUGUUCUCAGAGCACUGCACCCUCCUAGAGCUUUCUUCUGCAAUCUGGUUGAUCUUUUGCCUAGUGUUCCCAGUGAUCUUCAAGCUCUGCAAGUAGGAUUUCAGAGUGUCCUUUUUGGGGUCACCUUGUGCUCGUUUGCCACUUUUCAGUUCACCAAAAGAGACUUUUGGCAAUCUUGUACAGGGCAUUCUGGUCACGUGCCCAGUCCAUCUCACCUGGGUCUCAGCAAUGGAAAUGCUGGGCAGAUUGGCUUUGCUGAGUACUUCAGUGUUCGAAACUAGACAGCCUAGAUGGAGAUGGUUCCGUUUUCUUGCAUGAUGCUGGUGGACUGUCCAGGUUUCACACCCAUACAUGGUAGUACGACAGUCUGAUAGACCUUAACUUGUGUCUCCUGCCUGAUGCCAGGCUGAGUCACGUAGACGGCCAAAUGUCACAUUGGCCUUGCAGAUCCUGAUGUUAAUUUUGUCAUGUAUGUGCACAGCAUGAGACAAAGUACUUCCAAAGUAGAUAAACUUGUCAACUGCUGAUAGCUUUUGGUUUUUCAUAUGGAUGGUGGCCUCGGUGAAUGAUUUUCCAGGGGCAUCUUUGUACUGAUGUUUAUGCCAAAGUGGUUGCACGCUGAUGAGAAAAAGUCCAUGCUAGCAUGUAGUUCCUCAUUUGAACUGGCAACUAGAGGACAGUCAACAGCAAAUAGCAGUUCAUGAACUGUGACUUCCUCCACUUUGGUUUUGGCUGGUAGCCUACGCAGAUGGAAUGAACCUCCAUUAAAACAAUAGAUGAGGUUUAUGCCAGUGCUGGCAUGUUUUGGCGUGAGUCGUGCAACCUGGCAGUAGACACCAUGCUGAGGAAUGUUAGUGCUAGGGUGCAGCUGUGUUUCACCUUGUUUGUAAUUGAGAAUGGAUCACAGAGUUCUUGCUGAUCUCUCACACUAGCCAUCAAACCAUCAUGGAGUUUUCGCACAUGCUGAUGAACUUGUCUGGAAACUUCGUACUUGGCCAUGAUCUUCUGGAGACCCUCCCGGCUGACUGUGUCAAAUGCUUUUUGAGGUCCACAAUAGAUCAGCAUUUUUCUCCUGGAGCUGUCGGACAGUAAAUACUAUGUCAGUGGUUGCGCGACACUUUCGUAAACCGCACUCUUUCAGGCAGAAGACCCUGGUUCAGGUGUACAGUCAAUCAGUCAAUGAGGUCUUGUUGUUUAAAUCCUUGCGUAAGACAAGAUAAAACAAGCUGAAAAGCUGGGCUAGACUGGGAUGUGCUCAGCCAAUCAGCUCACGAAAUAAAGCCACUCUUAUUAGCGGUCUCAUCGCAUUGGUCACGGUAGAGGCCGCUACUAUGGUGCUCAUUAACCCCUAUGCCCUUGCCAAUAUCGUUCAGCCAUACUGGGCACAGGACGUGGCAUGGACAUGGACAAUGACACAACAAGGAAUGACUAAACGGGGAGAUUAUUUACACAGACAUGGGGUAACAAGACGAUGAGGAACCGGUGGGUGACACGAGGAGCAGCGGAUUGGUUGACACAUAACGCCAGGUGAAAUCAACUGGCGAACACAAGGACAAGACACACUCGGGCACAAACUAGACAGAAGCUCACCCAAACCAUGACAAUAUAAGUAAACAGAAAACCCUUUAGUAAGCCACGGUUUACUAAAACGGACACGCCGUCAGUACGUGUCGGCAAUUGUCUUCACGCGAAUCGUGAAAGCACACUCCCAAAAAUCGAAGAACGGAUCCAAACAGAACUUUGUCAUCUGUCAUCUCGCCCUGACCUACAAGCUCUCUCAGUUGUCACGGAAACUACUCAGGUCAGUGUUCUCCCUCCCGCAGUGCAUUGUGGGAUCCGAACUGUUGAGGCCGAACAUGACGAACAGAAAUCCACGCUCGUGUUGUAUAGUGUCCGUGUGAACGCUCGCCGGGGACCUUCGCAUGCUGCCCGGCGUCGACGAAAAAAAAACAACCUCAAAGUCACCUCUAUAUUGUUCUGUUCCUAACGUUUUUAUGUAUGUUUGUGUGAAUGGGCCACUGUUCCAAAACUGUUCAAUCAAGCGCCAUAAGAAAUGAAAAGGCGACCGCUCAUCUCCACUCGUUCUAUGCAAUGAAUUAACUGCAAAUAGGAGCAUGACCAUUAACGACCAUGUCAUUAAGUAAUAGCGACGAUGCUAGUUAGCAGUGUUCGAAUGCGAAAUGGCAGCAUGGUGAACGGAAAUGAUAUUUUUGCUAACAUGCUAAUCGAUAAACAUACAUGCUUUUAUUGCUCGUGUUACUUUAGUCCCUAACAAAAUUUAGGCGGGCAUGUUUAUGAUUAUCGAUUAGCAUGCUAGCAAAAAUACCAUUCCCCUCCACUUGCGACAUUGAGGGUGAUAGACGUCCAAUCUGUUUUGACUCGGAGCGAACGAUAGCUGCUAGCAGUCAAAAUGGAAUGGGAUUUCCAUUACCGUCAAAGCUCGAAAGAUGAAUCUGUAAUACGAUAAUGAGUUCAGCUCAUAUUAUAAUAAAAUACGAUUUUAGGAUUGCUUUAUUACAUUGUUUUAGUAGUAUAUGGGGCUUAAGCGCAUUAUCGUAUUAUCGAAAAUGUGAGCUGAAGGAAAACAGCAUUUUAGCUAACAUGCUAAUCGACAAUAGAAGCAGGCCUGUUUACGAUUAUCGAUUAAAAUGUUAGCAAAAAUACCAUUUUGCUUCAGAGCGAACGAUAGCUGCUAGCAUUCAAAAUGGAACAGGAUUUCAUUACCGUCAAUGGCACGGAAAGAUGAUCGUUGGCUGGAAUCUGUAAUACGGUAAUGAGUUUAGUGUAUAUUAUAAUAAAAUACGAUUUUAGGAUUGAUUUAUUACAUUGUUUUAGUAAUAUAUGGGGCUUAAGUGCAUUAUCGUAGCAUCGAAAAUGUGAGCUGAAGGAAAACAGUAUUUAAGCUAACAUGCUAAUCGACAAUAGAAGCAGGCCUGUCUACGAUUAUCGAUUAGCAUGUUAGCAAAAAUACCAUUUUGCUUCAGAGCUAAGCUCAUUAUUGUGCUAUUGAAUUAUUUUAUUAUGAUUUUAGGAUGUGUUGAGUUCAUUGUUGUAUUAAUUUUUGGCUGAAGCUCAUUAUCGUAUGAUGGAAAAUGUGAGCUAAGCUCAUUAUUGUCCUAUUAUUCUAUCAUGAUUUUAGGAUUGAUUUAUUUCAUUGUUUUAUUAAUAUUUAGCUUAAGAUCAUUAUCAUAUGAUUGAAAAUAUGAGCUAAGCUCAUUAUUGUACUAUUGAAUUAUUUGAGGAUUUCCGUCUAAUUUACCUACAAACCUUAGUGGUGUCAUUGCCAUAGUGGAAAAAUUCCACGCAAAUUUGAGCAAAUCUCAUGAUCAUAUGAUAGCAUUGAUAUAUUUUCAGUCACGUGUAACUCGGGUUUCUUUAUUGGUCAAAAUGUUUCCCAGACCAGGCUGUUACAUACAUACAGGUGUAUCUCAAUACAUUUCUAGGAAUUGAAUUUAAAGAUUUAAUUCAUUUUUAAAGAUUUAUAGAAGAAAAUAAUUUUCGGAAUUUUUAAUUAAUUCCCCAGGUUUUUGUUUUGUUUUGUUUUUUGUUUUUGUUAUUUGUGAGGAUGAAUGUUUUUUUUUUUUUAAUGAUUAUUUUAUUUGUAUUAUUAUUUAUUUUUAUUAUUUAUUUAUAUUUUUUUUAACAUUAUUUUUGUAUUCUUGUGAUUGAUUUUUAUUUUUAAUUUAAUGAAUUUAUAGUUUUAAUGAUACUUUUUAUAUUAUUUUUCUGAAAAUACUGAUUUUUUAAUUUUAUUAUUACAAGGUAUUUUUCCUGAUAAAUUAGGUAGCUUUUUUACUCAAUAUUUUUCUAUCAUAACAUUAUUAUAAUUGAUAAUUAUCAAUUGUAAUUUAUUAUUAUUAUAUUCUAAUUUUUAUUCUAUUCAAAGCAACACUAGGUAACUUUUCAAUCUUUCCUCCUCAACCUGCUCGUCUCGUCAAGAUCCGCGUCAUUAUUGGCUAUUAAAGCAUACAAAAGGAAUCAAAAAAUGAUUACACUUCAGACCAUUUAAGUACAUUUAAACUGUAUUUCAAAGCAACAGUAGGUAACUUUUCAACCUUUAUAAAAUAUUUUCAUAACAAUUGUGAUGAUAUGUCGACGGACAACUAGCUGAAUGACACCUUUUUUUUUAUAUCUUGAGGGGGUCUGUAUCACUUUCAUCGGCACUAAUUAACUUUGAGGAGGGUGGCAGGAACCACAAAAAAAACUACAAAUGCUGACUGCUUCACCGCAUAUGUAACUUCCCCCUUUCCCCAUUUAUUAUAAAGAUGUAAGAUGAUGCUAACGCUUUCGCGCGAAUUCUGCAAUGAUGGCAGAUCAACAGUAUAGAAUAAACAUUGGCCAGGGUUUCACUCGCUGGAGUGACAACAACCCCCCCACCCCCCACCCACCCACCCAACCGAACUUGUCAGUGCUGUCGAGUUGCUAUGCUAUUGUUUAGCCAGAAUUGGAUUCAUGACCGUUUUCCGAAAUUUCCAGGUUCGUGGUGAAUCAGUAACAGGUACACUUUUGCAAAAUAGACAAUGAGAUUUAUUGAUUACAAUCCCACAAGAGCAAGCAACAGGUAUCAAAAACAAGCAUAACAAGGGUAACGAUGAUGUUAGAUUUGAGUUUGUCAAUCCCAGAGUCCCCGCGCUACGUUACAGCACAACCAGGUGUCCCUUAGCAAUGAAAAUCGCUUACCGUGACAAAUGAGCGGGAGCCAACGCUCCGGUAAGGCAGCGAAGGAACAAAGCCAGGCGAGCCGUAUGUGACCCGCUGGCGGACUUCACUGGUCGCCCGGAAAUGCCCGGUUUUUGUCGGAACGCGCCACACGGGGACGGAGACUGCCAACCUCCGCUCCCAGGUGGCGCGGCCCCGUUCAAUGACAAAGCUACUUUUGUUCCAGCCCCUCGAAAAAGGAGCUGUUCUUUGCAUGAUUCCCAGGUUGCGCCGUCCGGUAGCAGAUGUUGUGUUCCCACGGUAAAUUGUAUGAGUGCAAAACAAGUUAUCUCGUGAGAUUCCCUUCUAACUAUGGAACCCAGGCGUGUAAGAAACAAUCAAAACAAAUGAUCUCGUGAGAUUCCCUCCUAACUAUAUAACUCAAGAUAAAAAUUAAUAGAAGUUGUACAAUCUAGGUCACAGAAGCAAUCAUACAUCACAAAGGCAUAAUGUAAUAUUUUCCCCCAUCAAUUACCUUACUUCAUCCUCCACACAGCCGCUAAUAACAGAAAUGUGGUUUAAUCCAUCUGCAGGCGACCGGGAGAUUGAUUUUUGAUUGAGGAUUUUACGACACUGUGCCGGUGUGCACUGGUCCUCAUGGGAAACGCAGUCUUCCUUAAGGCAAAACACUACCGCUUUUGUCCACCGGCGUCGCUAAAAUCGACUAAAACUGAAAAGUUACCAAGUGUUGCUUUAAAACAUCAAAAUUUAGAGAAAAAAACUAUAAAAUAUUGAUACGACAAUGAGUUUCACGUUCGUAUUGAACCACUAAAAUAAAGUAGAAGUACUAGUAGUUAAUGCUAUGUUUUUCCAACCAUACGCACAUUGAGAUGCACCUGUAAGGACUUUAGAAAGUACGCAAACCAACAGACCUACAAAUUUUAAAGAAAGGCACAGUUGAUAGCAGAAAAUGUAAACUUUAGUUUUAUCAAAGAAUAAAUGUGUACAUUGAUAGAGAAAAACAUUCUAUAUAGACGACAGUAUAUUCUCAAAUGGCUGCUCAGAGAUGAAAACGAAGGGUUCGUCUCAUUAGACUAGAAUAGACUAAUAUCUAUGAGGGUUUCUAUAGAAUCAAUACAAAGACACAUAGGAGAGAUUAUAUAUGAUUUAUAAAUAACACAACAUUUAUCCUCUUGUUAUAGUUGUAAUGCAACAACCCAGAAUCCCUAUUAACUGCCAAUGACGGCGAUAUCUGUCAAUGGCAGCGAACGGGACAACACUAUUUUCCAAACGAGUCAUCCUAAAGAAGUCUAUUUUUUUGUGAAAUAUGAAUGAGAUUAUUUAUCGCGGAAUUUAUUUUAUGAUAAUUGAAACUUCGGAACGGAUUUCAGAAAGUAUUUUGAGUUUUUAAACCAAGUGAUAGUGCUCAUGUACAUUAAAUGAAGACAAAACAAAAACUCAAACAAUAUUAUUCGCGUUUUAAAAGAGAAAUAAUGACUUCCUCGCAUUUGCUUGUCUCAAUCAGCCACUCAAGGUGACUUAAUAUGCAUUGCAGCAAGGGCUUUUAUUCUACAGUGUAAUAGUAGUCAUCCGAGAAAGCCAUCGAAGCAGCUCUGCCGCUGUCUUGUAAUCGACUUUUACUUGAGAGGGAAAAAUCAGAGGUCCACGGCAUGUUUGAAGCACAAAUGUCAACAAUAAUAUACUAGUAUAUACAUUAGGGCUGCUGAGAUCAAUCUACAACUAUUUUGGUAGUCGAUGAAUCGUUUAAAUAAAUGAGGGACAUGAAUAUUCUAUGUAAACAUAUAUAUAUGUAAACAUAUGUGUGUGUAUAUAUAUAUAUAUAUAUAUAUAUAUAUAUAUGUAAACAUAUGUAUAUACGUAGAUGUAUAUAUAUAUAUAUGUAUGUAUAUAUAUAUAUAAAUAUAUACAUUUCUGUAUACACACUUAUCAUAUAUGCUCUACGUGUAUGUAUAUACAUACUGUAGAUAUACAGUAUGUAUGAGUAAAUAUAUACAUGUCUGUACAUACAUAAAUAUGUAUACAGUAUAUAUAAUAUAUAUAUGCAUGUAUACUGUAUAUAUAUAUAUAUAUACACAGUAUAUAUGUAUACGCUCAAUAUGCAUAUGUAUAUACAUACUGUAGCUAUAUAUAUAUAUCAGUAUAUACAUAAAUAUGUAUACAGUAUAUAUAAUAUAUACAUAUAUAUUGCCAAUGGGUUUUCCCAUUGACAGUGUAUCAAAUACUUGUUCUCCCCACUGUACAUACAUAUAUAUACAUAUAUAUAUAUAUAUACAUAUAUAUGUAUUUAUAUAUAUGUAUAUAUACAUAUAUACACACACAUAUAUAUAUAUAUAUAUAUAUAUAUAUAUAUAUAUAUAUAUAAUAGGGCUGUCAAAAUUAUCGCGUUAACGGGCGUUAAUUAAUUUUUUAAAUUAAUCACGUUAAAAUAUUUGACGCAAUUAAAGCACUCCCCCCACUCAGAUUUGAAUGACAGUACAGUGAACGGCUUGUUAAUUUUGUUUUAUGGAGUUUUGCCGCCCUCUGCUGGCGCUUGGGUGUGACUGAUUUUAUAGGCUUCAGCACCCAUGAGCAUUGUGUAAGUAAUUAUUGACAUCAACAAUGGCGGGCUACUAGUUUAUUUUUUGAUUGAAAAUCUUCAACAUUUAUUAAAACGAAAACAUUAAGAGGGGUUAUAAUAUAAAAUUUCUAUAACUUGUACUAACAUUUUUCUUUUAAGAACUACAAGUCUUUCUAUCCAUGGAUUGCUUUAACAGAAUGUUAAUAAUGCUAAUGCCAUCUUGUUGAUUUUUUGUUAUAAUAAACAAAUAGUCCUUAUGUGCUGUAUUUUGAAUGUAUAUAUCCAUCUUGUGUUUUAUCGUUCCAUUCCAACAAUAAUUUAGAGAAAAAUAUGGCAUAUUUUAUAGAUGGUUUGAAUUGGGAUUAAUUUUUAAGAUGUAAUUAACUCGAUUAAAAUUUUAAAUCGUUUGAUAGCCCUAAUAUAUAUGUAUAUAUAUAUAAUACAUAUAUAUACACACAUAUUCACCCAUUCAUUGGUGGCUGAGUGGUUAGCACGUCCGUCUCACAGUUCUGAGAUCAUGGGUUCAAUCCCGGGCCAUGGUAGGUUGAUCGAACACUCUAAAUUGUCCCUAGGUUUGAGUGUGUGCGCAAAUGGUUGUUCCUUGUGCUGGCAACCGAUUACGGUUCUAUCCCGCCUACUGCCCAUCGUUAUCUGGGAUUGGCUCCAACACCCCUGUGACCCUCGUGAUGAUAAGCAGUUGAAAUGAAAAAUGAAAAAAAAAAAAAAGUAUAUAAACAGUCACGGUGAUGGAGCCUAUCCCAGCAAAUGGCGGGCAGAAGGCAUGGUACACUCUGAACUUGUAGCCCGCCAGUCGCAGAUGUAUGUAUGGGUAUGUAUACUUAUGUAUGUAUGUAUGUAAAAACAAAAAAGUAUUUCCUCAACCUCUCCCCUGGUAGGUUGGGUGGCUGUUCAAACUUGGGUCCUCUACCAGAGGCCUGGGAGCUUGAGGGUCCAGCGCAGUAUUUUUACUGUUCCUAGGACUGCACACUAGGACUGAUGUUUCUCCAGGUAUCUGCUGGAGCCACUUCUCCAAUGGUGGGGCAACAUUCCCCAGUGAUCCUAUGACCACGGGCACCACUGUUGCAAUCACCUUCCAGGCUCUCUCGAGCUCUUCUUUGAGCCCAUGGUAUUUCUCUAGUUUCUCGUGUUCCAUUUUCCUGAUAUUUCCAUUUUUGGGAUAGCUACAUCGAUCACAACGGCGGUCCUCUGCUGCUUAUCGAUGAUCAGGAUGUCCGGUUGGUUGGCCAUGACCAUCUUAUCAAUCUGUAUCCGGAUGUCCCACAGGAUCUUAGCCCGCUCAUUUUCCAUGGUCCUUCGGGCCGGAUGCAUAUACUAAAUACAUUUAUUUUUAUAUUUUUUUCCCACUCAUAUAUGUACGUACAUACAUCUGUAUAUAUAAACAGUAUAUGUGUGUGCGUAUAUAUAUAUAUAUAUAUAUAUAUAUAUAUAUAUAUAUAUAUAUAUAUUUAUAUAUACAUACAUACAUACAUACAUACACACAUAUGACUUGAUUUGUAGACUAUUCACAAAAGUAAUCGGUGAUUAAUCGACUAACAAAAUACUUGUAUGCCGAAGCCCUAAUACAGAAUCGAGUUUUGGUUUGCAACACUUGGAGAAACCUUUUUAUUUUUCAUUUGUGAGUUUGUGUCUCGAUAGCCUCAGCAAUAAGUGACCCGUUUUUCUUAAAAUGCAUUUUUACUCAUUGUCUGCCACUGACGGCAAUAGGCGUCCAAUCCACGUUGAACGUUCCUUCCCAGUCACAACGGAUUGUCCUCUGUAGCCGUCAAAUGUAGUCACGGAGUUAAAAGUAUGUUUACAUGAUUUACAAUGUAUUUUAUUUUGUAAUGACAUUUUUACAGCCAUAAAAAAGAUAACAAAUUUAUGUUUUUGUUUUCGUUCGCUUUCAUGAAAAUGUAGAGAUAUUGUAAAUGUUGCUCUGAGAUUUUUUCCCACCCGCCUGUGUGAGUGGUCCCUUUUCACAGUAGUACGUAGAAGAGCAUGACAAAGAGAGAGAAUCGAAAAUAUAUCGCAUAUUAUAAAUAAAUAUAAAUCUAUGAUGAGACUUUUAGGUGAGAGUAGAAAGGGACAAAAUAAGCAAUCUAUAAAAAUGUAUGAGAGUGCUUUUUCUAGCCAAAUGUGUACAAAAACAACUUGAACAAAAGGUGACAAACUGGUAUGACAAAAUGACAUAUUUGCAUCGCGUGCUUGUGUCGACUGUUUAAAUAUCAUUAAAAAAAAAAAAAAAAUCUCGGACUCUGAUACGGGAUAAACGAACAUCUGUGUGAAAUUUCUAUAAAUGUUGUGUUUGUAAAAUGAGAUGCCAUUCAAAACAAAAUGGGUCGUUUUUCUGGAUUCAGUGUAAAUUUUGGGGGGGUGGGCUGAAAAUUGACGCCAAGUGUAAAAACCAUUAUUGUGUUGGAGGGGAAAAAAAUGGAGAUGAAAAAAAAAAAAGAGCCUAAUAAUAACAACAAAAUUCACUGUUGUAAGUGCAAUGAGCUAAACUUCCUGUUCUCCCCGUUGUAAAACCUCGUGUAUGUUUCUGUGUUCCUCCUGUAAAUGGAUGUAGUAGACCUGGUGCAUCAUGCCAUGUAAUGUGAUGAAUGACAAAUUAUGACCUUCAAAUAAAUUGCAAUCAGGAAAAAUAAAAUGUAUAUGAAAGUG